CCGCCAUGGGCCCUCUUUGCACUGGAAGAGCCAUGACAGCGACAAGGAUCUAAAGCGAGCCAUGGCUUUUUAACUUUCCACUCUCCAUCUCCUCUAUAAAACCCGCGAGAGUCACUUGUUAUACGAUCUCCAUCUCGUUCGCCAUCCACAAGUUGCCGCUAAUAUUGCCAUUUAUUCGAGAAUCCUCCUUUCGGUGCUAUAAUUCUUUUAGCUUUUUCUCCUUUGGCUCAACUGGCCAGAGCUCUAAAAUGGUGGCGGUUGUGCAGUCCAACGCUAAUUCAAGCAUGGGACACCUAAAUUCUAGUGGAAAUGAAAUUGAUGUUUUAACUGGGUCGAUUUCAGGAACCACCGGUGGCUUCUUGUCUUCAACAAUGAUGACAGAAGAGCCCUGCAUUUCUUGCACCACUUUCAAUAUCCUGGCUCCCUGCUACAAGCGACUUGAUAACAAGGAUCAAAAUAAACGUGAAAGCGAUUCCAGAGCAUUCUGGUUUGCCAGGAACCAGAGCAUUUUGGAUUGGUUGCUUUUUGAAAGAUCUUCAAUUAUAUGUCUCCAGGAAUUCUGGAUUGACAAUAAGGAACUCGUGCAUCUGUACCAGGAAAGGCUUCGUGAUGCAGGAUAUAUCACCUUCCAGCUUGCGCGGACCAAUAAACGUGAAGAUGGCCUCUUAACUGCUGUUCAUAAGGACUAUUUUAGCGUUCUAAAUUAUCAUGAGUUGCUCUUCAAUGACUUUGGAGACCGUGUUGCGCAGCUAUUACAUGUUCAGUCAGCUGUGCCCCUUACACAAAACCGAAAAGGCAAUGCUCCGCAGGAAUUUCUUAUUGUGAAUACUCACUUGUUAUUUCCUCAUGAUUCCAGUCUAUCUAUUGUGAGAUUGCAUCAGGUUUACAAAAUAUUGCAGUCUGUGGAAACAUAUCAGAGAGAAAACAAGAAAAGCCAUAUGCCUAUCAUUCUCUGUGGUGAUUGGAACGGAAGCAAGCGUGGGCAUGUUUACAAAUUCCUAAGGUCCCAAGGGUUUGUUUCAUCAUAUGAUAUUGCUCAUCAGUAUACUGACAGUGAUGCAGAUGCUCAUAAGUGGGUGAGCCACAGAAAUCAUAGGGGUAACAUAUGUGGCGUUGAUUUCAUAUGGCUUCGCAAUCCUAUUAAAUCACGGAAAUCAUUGAAAACAAGUUGGGCUGAAGCAGUAUUUGGAAUAAUAAAGUAUCAUCUCUUGAGAGCUUCAUUGAGUGAAAAUGAUGCAUUUGCAUUUUUAAAGGCUGAUGAGCCUGAUGGUUUUAUAACAUAUUCAGCUUUCUGUGAAGGACUCCGCCAGGUAAAUUUGCUUGGUCGUCCUUAUGGACUGAGUUAUCGGCAAGCAAAAGAUCUGUGGCUCCAGGCAGAUAUUGAUGGAAAUGGCGUUGUUGAUUAUAAAGAAUUUAAGCUGAAGAUUUGGAACUCGACAUGUCCAGAGCAAGAGGAAAGUUGUACGGGGAGUACAGAGGACUCAGAGCAGGAAAUAGAAGAAAUUACUGGUUUAAAUGUAAAGGAAGCAGUUCUUUUCCCCCGGGAAGCAGAGAAAGGGAUGUGGCCUGAAAAUUACUGUCUUUCUGAUCAUGCUCGACUUACUGUGGUGUUCUCACCAGUAAUAAUGCAUGGGUCUCAGCAGGUCGUUAGUGGAUGACGUGUAGAGUAGAAUCCAGGGUUUGUAAAUGAAGAAAUAACUGUGAUAGUUCAUAGAUCUCUCUUUUUGGGUUGCCUGUGUCAGGUUGGGGGUUAAAUUUUCCAGGUGAAACGUUGUGUAUAUGGUUCUGGUCUGGCCUAGGCCAAUUUUUUCAGGCAGCGAACUAUAUUUAGAUUUGGACUGUAAAGCCACAUUACUUUAAGAAAAAAAAAUUCUUUAGACAAAAAAUAGCGAUUUGACAUUUUUGGCUAUGA